AUGCUGUUUUGGACAUCCCAGGAUACUCGCAAUGCUCUACUGUCUACAAUGAUUCCUGGCGGUGCGGCUGUCGCUGCGUUCACCGUUUUCGUCAAAGACAAGGAAGUUGUCCAUUGGUGGACUACUAAAAUAAAGAAGCCGAACUGGGCUCCAAGAGAUGUGCGUCUUUAUUCCGUCAUGGACAUUCUCACCCUUUCGCCUCUAGGCUACGCAUCCUAUCUUGUAUACAAAAAUGGUGGAGGUUUCGAUUACACCGAUACUCGCCUUGCUCUUGGCAUCUACGGAACGAACAUGGUUUUAGCUCUAGCAACUAUCCCACUUAUUAAGAAGAAGAAUCUCAGUUGCCUUUGGAAGAACACCGCCUUGGUGCACUUGACUGCUGCUGGAGCUGCUUAUACAUUUUACAAGAUUGAUAAGGAAGCUGGAUUGUGGAUGAUUCCUUACGCGAUUUGGACUGCAUUCUAUGCGUACCUCACAUAUUCUGUCGAUAGGGAAAAUAAGGUGAUCAAGGACAUCUGA